AUGGCAAACACACUUACAACCACCGACCUCCAGGGCUCGCUGCCCCUCAUUGCCCGCGGCAAAGUCCGCGACCUGUACGAAGUCGACGACAAGACCCUCCUCUUCGUCGCAACCGACCGCAUCUCCGCCUACGAUGUGAUCAUGGAGAAUGGCAUUCCCCAAAAGGGCGUGCUCCUAACCCUUUGCACGAAGAAAUGGUUCGAGAUCCUAACCGCCGCGCUCCCCGGCCUCCGCACGCACUUCAUCACCCUAGAUCUUCCCUCCAAGAUCCCCGAGUCGCUGCGUCCCGUGCUGCAGAACCGCGCCAUGCAGGUGCGCAAGCUGCGAAUUCUGCCUAUUGAGGCCAUUGUCCGCGGAUACAUCACUGGCUCUGCGUGGAGCGAGUACAAGAAGUCCGGCACUGUCCAUGGGAUUCCCGUCAAGGAGGGACUGAAGGAGAGUGAGGCGUUCCCCGACGGCCCGAUCUACACGCCCAGCACGAAGGCUGAGCAGGGUGAGCAUGAUGAGAAUAUUCAUCCGGAUAAAGCCGUUGAAAUCGUUGGCGAAAAAUACGCCGCAAAGAUCGCCGAGCUCGCCGUGACGCUGUACAAGACCGCGCACUCCUAUGCGCUUACCCGGGGCGUGAUCAUCGCCGACACAAAGUUCGAGUUUGGCGUUGACGAAGAGACGGACGAGGUUGUUCUGGCAGAUGAGGUGCUCACGCCGGACUCGUCCCGAUUCUGGCCGAAGGACUCAUAUGAGAUCGGCCGCGGGCAGUCGAGCUUCGACAAGCAGUUCUUGAGAGACUGGUUGGUCAAGGAGGGGCUCAAGGGGAAGCCCGGGGUGCGGAUGACGGAUGAGAUUGCGCAGAAGACGAGCGAGAAGUAUAAGGAGGCUUGGGAGCGGAUCACUGGGGGGAACUAG